AUGCCACCAACACGUUCCCUCCCGGGUCUCCCCAAAGACUUUACAUCAAACUUCUUCCACGGUGACGUCGUGACCAAGAAGACCGAACCAUCAUACCGCGGCAAGGUCGUGCGCGGAUGGGCUGACGAGGACGCGCCCCCAGAUCCCGCCUUUGGGGACUUGCAGUCGCUUGUGCGCGGCGAGGUGAUGAUUAGCAAUGUCUUGAACGGCGCCCUUGAGGUCGCAUCGGAGCUCGAUCUUGAGCUCUUCGAGCGCGCAUUCCUUAAAGGUGACUUUGUCAAACACUCCCUAAUGGACGCGGAGAGCGCUCUGGUCGUCGACGUGCAGACUGAGUGCCUCAUUGAGCACGUCAUCUCGGGAGAGCGCCUAUCGCAGUGGGCAUCGUGGGACAAGCUGCGGAACGCUGUGCGGAUCGAGGCCAAGGACAAGGUCGUGUACAACGAGUGGAUCGGAACCGUCGAGGAGGUGUUCGAGGACGGACUGAUGGAGGCGACCGACGGAACGGCGUACCGCAUAGCGGAGAUGGGUGGGCUACUGGAGACGGGGCGUUACGCGAGCGAGGUGCUACCCGAAGGCGCCGAGUUCAUGGCCCAGUUCGGCCAGUUCCCGCCCGCUGCCGACAUCAACUCGGACCGCGUAAUCCGAGUCCUUCCUUUGAUCGUCUAUGUGGUGUGGAACGCUAUUAACCAGACUCUGCCGGUCUCUGAACAUGACAAGCAUCCCGAGCCCCAGAAGUUUUGGUGCGGGGACGAGAUUGAAAAGCUCACCCACUUUGAGGCGAUGAGGCAUCAGUCGCCGCCGCUGAACACAACUGUCACGUUCCGCGACCCGGCUGACGAGGAUGCGUUUGGCGUCCACUCGACCUACCACCUCAAGAACACAUUCCCUCUCCGUGUUUACAAGGUCGUUCAGAACCGUACCAAGCUUCAGCUUCGGUGGCAGGAUGGCACUGAAACGGAGGAGUUCUCGUCUGGCUUUGUGCCGUACCGCAAUGUCGAUGAUUACGAGGCGUGGCCAGGAGAAGCGUUAGUGUGGCGCAGUGAUUCGGGCGAGAGGCGACCGGCAGUCGUGCAGACAUACAACCCGAAGCAGCGCAUUGCCGAGGUCCUGCUUUUGGACACAAAUGAGAAGGAGACUGUUUCGGUGCUGGAGCUCGAUACUGGCGGCUUUGGCCGCGUCAACUAUGGAGUCGGCCUGGGGCAGAUUGUUCUAUUCUGCGAAGACAACGGCGCCGACGUGCCAGAGGUCCCCUCACUUGGCCAAGUCGAUCCCCCCGAUGACGGACGUGAAGGCUUCAGGGCGGUUCUCCACAGCCUGGGCUUGGAACACGGCGGCUCACCAGACAAGCUUGGCUCGUCGUUACCAAAAGGCAAUCCUAACGCCAUCCAGUGGUGGGGCGAGGUCGCCGACAUGCACCUCGAUGGCAGUAUCAGCGUCGAGGUCUAUUCUGGCGAGCUCAGGCGUGUUGACAUCAAGAAGGUGAUUGUUUUGAACGAACCCGAAGGCCCGUUCCCCGGCGACGAGUUUGGGGACGAAUACUCGGAUUACACGGACGCCAUGUCCGAUAAGUCGUGGGAGACGGUCGGGGAGGAGGGCGUGGACGAGGAGUCCACCCGGGUCGACGGGGAUCAAUAUGAUAUCCCCGAGGACUUUGGCACUUGGGGGGACGAGGACGACAUGGACAUUGACGGCACGGACGGGAACAGCUCGGUGGACCGUGAGGCAGUCGACAUGGGCAUGGAUGAAGACGAGUCGGACGACGAGUCGGAUGACGAGGCGACACCGGCACCUCCGGAGCCGAGCGCAACGCCAAAGCCCGCUGAGAUCUCCAACCAGUCCACCGCCGGCCCCUCAACUGCGCCUGCUUCCGUCCCCUUCCGCCAGAGCUUGGCGGAAGGCUCGAAAUGGCUGCGCUUCGACAUCCUCGAGACUGCGCCAGCGGAACAUCACUAUUACAACGAGCCGGUGCUCCCACCGUCGUCCAAGGCAUUCCACUCUCGGCUGCGUAAGGAGCACCGCACGCUGUCGACGUCGCUGCCCGAGAACAUUCUCGUGCGGACGUACGAGGACCGCACGGAUCUGAUGCGCGUCCUCAUCAUCGGCCCAGAGGGCACUCCAUACGCAGAUGCGCCCUUCGUCUUUGAUCUGUACCUCAACCCAACAAAGUUCCCAAACGAGCCUCCACAGGUCUACUUCCACAGCCACACGAACGGCCUCGGAAGAUGUAAUCCGAACCUGUACGAGGAGGGCAAGGUGUGCUUAUCGGUCCUCGGGACAUGGGCUGGCGACAAGAGUGAGAGCUGGAGCCCAACCAAGAGCUCGCUGCUCCAGGUCUUUGUGUCUAUAUCGGGCCUUGUGCUCGUUCGCUCGCCGUACCACUGCGAGCCGGCCUUUGCCAAGCUCGAGGGUUCGCGCGAAGGACGCGUCAACAGUCGCCUGUAUAGCGAAAAGGCGUACGUGCUCUCGCGCAGCUUUGUGCGCACCGCGUUAGACCGUCCGCCUGCUGGCUUCGAGGCCGAGCUCACGCACGCCUACUUUACCAAAGGGCGUCUGGCGAGCGUCAUCGACCACGCACAGCGCCUCAUUGCACAGGGCCACGUGGACGACGACAACGAGGACGAGAUGGAGGAGAUGUGGAAUGCAGACGCGAUUGGCCGCCUGUCGAUGGGCGCAAUCCUGACGCUCAAGCGCACCGUCGCCGCGCUCGAGAAGAUCCAGGCUCGCGGACCCUUGCCGCUGUCCGAGAGCAGCUUGUAG